AUGUAUUUCAACACCCUCGCGUGCGUGGCCCUCGUCGGCGGCCUUGCCCUCGAGGCCGCCGCCGGUCCGGUUCCGGCCCCGGACGUCGGCAUUGAAAUCGGUAACCAGGUGCACGCCGUGCUGGACACCCGUGCCGUGGCUCACCACGACGCCCAUGAUACCAAACACCGCAGCCGCAACUCCGCAGCCCACGCCGAGGCUCACGCAGCCCAUAACGCGCAUGCCCACAAGCACAAUACACGAGCCCACUUCAAGGACCUGCCCGGCGGCGUCUUCCACCCGACCAACAAGGGCGCCGAGCCAAUAUCGUCCUCAACAGUCAAAAGCUUCCGCCGCAUGAUCCCGGACACGCAUACCCUGCACGAGCGCCAGCCCAAGACCUGGGCCCGCCGCUGGGAGCGCACCGAGCGUGCCCCUGCAGACGCCCUGCUGCCCAUGCGGAUCGGUCUCAAGCAGCGGAACGUCGACGAUGGCAGCGCCCACGCGCGGCUGAUGGCCAUUGCCGACCCGUCCUCGGCGAGCUACGGAAAGCACAUGUCCUCCAAGGAGGUGGUCGACUUUUUCGCGCCCGAGCGUGCCACCGUCGACGCUGUUGUCGGGUGGUUGACGUCGGCCGGUAUCCACAUUGACCGUAUCACGCAGUCGGCCAACAAGCAGUGGAUCCAGUUUGAUGCCACAGUGGCCGAGGCCGAGGAACUCCUGCUGGCCGAGUACCACGUCUACGAGCACGGCGAGACGCGGACCCGCGAUGUCGCGGCUGAGCACUACCACUUGCCGCGGUCUGUGCAGGAGCACGUUGACUACGUGAUCCCUGGCAUCCGGCUGCGGCAUGAUGUGGAGACGGCACGCAAGCAGCGUCGGCGCCGGGACCUGGACACGGGACUGGUGGACCGUCGUCGCCGGACCAAGGCCAUGCACACCGAUCCGACGUACCUCAACAGCGGUGUGUCGGCCAACAAGGACUCCGGCGGCCCAACCAUGGGGACCGAUUUCACGCUGAACAAGCCGCCGCCGAUGAACAGCAGCAACUGCUACGAAUACGUGACGCCUAACUGCAUUCGGACCCAGUACGGCAUACCCAAAGGUACCACGGCCAGGCCGGGCAACGAACUCGGCAUCUUCGAGGGCCUCAACCAGCACUACAGCAAGUCAGAUCUCGACGACUAUUUUGAGGUCGUCUCACCAAACAUUCCCCAGGGCACGUACCCGAUUCCACGCCUCAUUGACGGCGCAACGGCCGACACCCAGCCUGACACUGCUGGCGGCGAAGCCGAGCUCGACUUCCAGGCCGCCAUGCCGCUGAUCUACCCGCAGCAGGCGGUCCUCUUCCAGGUCGACGAUGAGCGCAUCCAGUCCAACAUGACCAUGGGUAACACCCCGUACCUUGGUUUCUGGAACACGUUCUUCGACGCCAUCGACGGCUCGUAUUGCACGUUCAGCGCUUUUGGUGAGACGGGCAACUGCGUUAAGCCCGAGUGCAUGGACCCGUCGUACCCGGAUACCGCUCCCGGCGGCUACAACGGCACUCUGCAGUGCGGUGUCUACGAGCCCACCAACGUGAUCAGCAUCAGCUACGGCGGUGGCGAGGCCGACCUUCCGGCAUACUACUGGAAGAGACAGUGCACCGAGAUCCUCAAGCUGGGUCUGCAGGGCGUGACGGUUGUCAUCUCGUCGGGUGACGAUGGCGUGGCCUCGGGCGCGUACGACGGAGGCAACUACGAUGGCUGUGGCGGCGUUGGCCAGAUCUUUUACCCCGCGAGCGAAGCGACCUGCCCCUACGUACUGGCCGUCGGCGGCACCGAGUUUGACUUGGCCGAGCCGUUGACGCCACCCAGCAGCAACAGCACCGGAAACUACACGGCGCCCUCUGGCACGUCGUCGUCACAUGUGCCCAAGCUGACAGAGCGGGCCACGUCGCGCUUCGGCUCGGGUGGUGGCUUCAGCAACUACUUCCCGCAGCCGUCGUACCAGGCGUUCUCUGUGGCCAAGUAUUUCAGCCAGGUGGACCUGAGCUUCACGGGUUACUAUGAUAUGGGCAACGGCAACUUUAGCGGAGCUGGCGACGGUGUCUACCACAUUGGCGGCCGCGGCUUCCCCGAUGUGUCGGCCAUUGGUGACCACUACGUGACGGUGCUCAAUGGUGCGUGGGCCACGAUUGGCGGCACAUCCUUGGCGGCGCCCGUGUGGGCAUCGGUGUUGACUCUGGUCAACGAAGAGCGGCUGGGCCAGGGCAAGUCGACGGUGGGAUUUGUCAACCCCGUGCUGUACCAGCACCCGGAGGUGUUCAACGACAUUACCUCAGGGUCGAACCCGGGCUGCGGCACCGACGGCUUCCCGGCGGCAGAGGGCUGGGACCCAGUGACGGGCCUGGGAUCGCCCGACUACCCGAAGCUACUGGCCCUCUUCAAGGACCUGCCUUAG